AUGGCAGAUAUCAAUCAACUUAUCUCUCAAGCUCAAAAUUACUUCAAUCAAGGUGAUCAUGGUCAAGCUGUAGCCUCUUUAACUGAUGCCGUGAAGUCUAAUCCAAACGAUCAGCAAAUGUCUUCAAUUGAAUCUCUGAUUGGGAAGAUCGCUAACUAUAUCAUGGGUAAUCAAACUGGUGAUUCUAACUCACGUGGUAUCAGUGAUAUGUUCAUGAGUACGUUGAGUUCUAAUAACAAUGGUUCCAGUCAAUCUCAAUUAGGUAAAUUGGCUUUAUUGUCUACUGUUUUAUCUGGAGGUAAUAACAGCAACAAUAACAACAGAAAUGAUAACGGUAGUGGAUUUGAUUUGAAUUCUGUUAUGUCAAUGUUGAACGGUAAUAACAAUAGUGGUGGUAAUGGUGCCAUGAGUAGCGGUGGUCUAGCUUCUUUAGCUUCGCAAUUUUUUGGUAGUCAUGGUCAAAGUCAAGGCCAGGGACAAACCCAAGGCCAAGGUCAAUCUUCCUUUGGUUCUUUGGCCUCCGCAGCUUCCUCAUUUUUAGGUCAUAAGAAUAGUAACCAAAAUCAAAAUCAGCAACAGAAUAAUAACUACGGUAACAGUAACAAUAACUCUAGUACUUAUGGUAAUAACAAUACAUCUGAUUCUUAUGGUAAUUCUAGUUAUGGAUCUAAAAAAAAUUCUACGUCUUAUGGUAAUGAUAAUGAUGAUAACAACUAUGGUUCUAAGAAAAAUUCCAGCUCUUACGGUAACGAUGAUGACAAUUACGGGUCUAAGAAGAACUCCAGUUACGACAACAAGGAUGAUAACUAUGGAUCCAAAGAUAAUUCCAGCUCUUACGGUAAUGACAGUUACGGGUCUAAAAAAAAUUCCAGCUCUUAUGGCAAUAACGAUAAUAACAAUGGUUCUAACAACAAUUCUAGUUCUUAUGGUAAUGACAAUGAUAAAUAUGGUUCCAAGAAAAACACUAGCUAUGGUGACAAUGAUAAUGAUUACAGUUCCAAGAAUAAUUCCAAUUCUUACGGGAAUGAUGCCGAUAAUUAUGGAUCUAAGAAGAAUUCUAAUUCUUACGGUAAUGAUAGUUAUGAUUCUAAGAAGAAUUCAAGUUACAGCAACAAUGACGAUAACGAUGGUUCCAACAAUAACUCUAACUCCUACGGUAACAAUGAUGACAAAUAUAGUUCAAACAACAAUAACUCUUACGGUAAUGACAACAAGAAAAAUCAAUAUGGGUCUAGCAACAAUGAUAGCUAUGGUAAUGAUAACAGAAACAAUUAUGGUUCUUCCUCUAACAAUUCUGGAAAUAACGGACAAGGUGGUCAACAAGAGAGCUCAUUCUCCAAGUUGGCGAACAUGGCCAGUUCUUAUCUAAGUAACCAAAACCAAAACCAAAACCAAAACCAAAACCAAGGUCAAGAUCAAGAUCAAGGUGGGCUUGGUUCAACUAUUGCAUCGAUGGCCAACAUGUACAUCUCAGGUAACAAACAAAACCAAAACCAUAACAAUUACUAG